UGACCAGCCCGUCCCACCACGCCAUGAGAAAUUUCGCCCGAGCAAGCGGCAGCUCAACCUCUGCGUCAUCCUUGUCAACCAUGAACCACCUCGUGCUUUCCAAUAUAUACGUCACUCGCCACACGCUUCCACACCUCACCACCAGGCACCAGUAUAUACACCACACGCGGCUCCCCGAGCGCAUAUGCAUUCUUCUUUCCCGGCUGCACAGCCUCUCCUCUCCUCCGCCGGCAGCUCCGGGCCGAGCGGCGGCACAGGUGGCUAGCUAGCGAGCUGCUGGCCUGGUCCGCGCGCGCGCCGAUCGACCGGCAUGGCCGCCGCCGGCCUCCCCCCGGGGUACCGCUUCUACCCGACGGAGGAGGAGCUGAUCUGCUUCUACCUGCGCAACAAGCUCGACAGCCUCCGCGACGACAUCGAGCGCGUCAUCCCCGUCGUCGACGUCUACUCCGUCGACCCGGGCCAGCUCCCAGGGAUUCACGAGAUGCUGUGCGGCGGCGCCGGGGAGGGGGAGCCGUGGUUCUACUUCUGCCCGCGGCAGGAGCGGGAGACGCGGGGCGGGCGGCCCAGCCGGACGACGCCGUCGGGGUACUGGAAGGCCGCGGGCACGCCCGGGGUCGUCUACUCCUCCGCCGACCGCCGCGCCAUCGGGGUGAAGAAGACCAUGGUGUUCUACCGCGGCCGCGCGCCGUCGGGGGCCAAGACCAAUUGGAAGAUGAACGAGUACAGGGCGCUCCAGUACUACGCCGCUCCCGCCGCCGCUGGAACCGAUGGUUCGCCCUCUAGCGCCCACGCCCACGCCGCCGCCGCACGUCCAAACGUUCCUCCGCAGCUGAGGAGCGAGUUCAGCCUGUGUCGACUCUACACCAGAUCUGGAACCCUGAGGCAGUUUGACCGGCGGCCGCUCGCCGCCGCGGCAGGCGUCCCUGGCGAGGAUCCAGGGCCAUCCACGGCAGCUGCCGCGUCGCCGCCGGAAGAUGACGAUGGCUCCGGCAGCUCCAUGCAGCAGCAGCAGCAGCAGCUGGUGGCAGAGAGAGGUAGUGCCGACGAUCCAUACGGCGACGACGCGGCCAUUUUGGAUGCCCUUUUAUACUGGCCUGGAGACGAGACGUAAAGCUCUGGCACGACCUGUGCGCGCGAGUGUCAGUGCAAUGGCAUGCAUGCACGCGCAACUAUAAGACUACUCACUUUCCCAAACGAAAAUUUUAAACAGCACACUCCAAACCUGGAGCGUGUUAUAUUAGAUAUUAUGUGUAGCUGGUGGUUUAAUUUACCAUUUUGGUGCAAGAACAAGGCCAAGUGCCGUGUAGAUUAGUACAAACUAGAGGCUUCUGGUUUACCAUGUAUGCUUCGUGCACACACUUGUAAGCACAGUUUGUUGACCGCAUGCAAUUCCAGAGAAAUUCGUUUUGGUUCCAACAACUCGUGACCAAGAGAAGAUAAGU